CCGACUUACAUCAGUAAAAUUAAAUAAAUUCCCGCAGGAUGGCUGGACUAAAGAUCUGAUCAACGAUACCGUGCUGGGUCCCCGUCAGAAUGUUUCUCUGGUCAUGCAUUUUGCUCAUGGGGUGCCCUCGCUCUGGGUUUCUGUACUUUGCCAAAUGAACACGAUGUUUUGGCGUUCCGCUUUGUCGCGCGUUAGUCGUCAGGUCACCAUUCUUCUUCUCAAGUGUUGCAAUAUCGCCUGCGGAACGACCAAAGCCUUGUAUUGACCAUUAAAUACACAUCUAUGGUUGUGGGACUUACGAUGUACCGGCGCUAUUCAGGUGUACUAUUCACGGGGACAACCAUGCGUUGUACUAGCUCGGGACCCCCAGCUAUCUUCCAGCGGCCCAUCGCCACAUCCAGCUUACUAUCCACAAUUCCCAGGGGUGCCACUCAUACUAGAAUGGAAGGACUCGUGGAUACUCUUCAAGACAAACUAACCAUAGCUGCCAACGUUGAGCAAAGAACGGAUAAUAGCACAACUCGGUUCUUAGCGCUGAGAGACAUACAACAUCAACGACCCAAAUACUCUCAGCUCGAUCCUCUACAGGAUAACAUAGUUUUCCAGCUCGUCGACAUAGAGUCGUCACAAUGGUCGCAUGAAAGUAGGGACGUGUUGAUGUACGGUGUUACAGAGUCCGGAAACACCGUUUUGGCAACCGUAACCGGUUCUAGACCAUACUUUUACCCGUAUCCAAAAAAAUUACAGCUACGCGACAAUACUGUAGCUACUGCAUAUAUCGAUCCACAUACGGACAUUGCGACAUGCUUUUUGGCCGACCGUCAGCUACCAGGCAUGGGAGGCUGGAUUGAAUGUCCUGCUGAGACUUAUGCGCUCACGGAAACAAGCGAUCAAGUCUCAAGAUGCCAGAUCGAGCUGACCAUCCCUCAUAACGCGUUGAACGCGUCCGAUUCGAGAAUCCCGGACGCUCCGCUUAGGAUUCUGUACUUUGAUAUCGAAUCCAUGACACGAGAAGAUCCCAAGAAACCAGGGAAAUUCAUUUCCGAGUCUUUACAGGAUCCCGUCAUACAGAUAUCCAAUGUAGUUUCGCACCUAGGGACCAAGGACCCGUUCUUGCGUGUCAUUUUUACUGUCGGUUCGUGCGAUCCCAUCGAGGGAGCUUAUGUUCGAUCGUAUACCUCAGAGAGAGAGAUGCUAGCUGCCUGGCAGGAAUUCAUCCAUGAUAUAGAUCCAGAUGUCAUGACCGGCUGGAAUAUCUUAAAUUUCGACCUAGAUUACCUGAUCACUCGGGGCCGUCAACUGGGUUUUGACCUGAUACUGGGACGGUUGAAAGCCGGCCCUCCGACCUCCUCGGAACCUCAAACAUGGUAUAGCUUAAAAUAUAAAGACUGGAUGGGCCGAACGGUUGCCAUUCCAGGCAGAGUAGUGCUUGAUAUGUUCCGCCACUUUGCUUGCAAUCAUGAUAAGUUCCGUCUCCGGAGUUAUAAGCUCAGAAACGUCGCUGCCAGGUUGCUACGCGAGCCCGGGAUGCUGAAAGGGGAUGUUGCAUACAGCGAUAUACCGAAGCUACAAGCUGGCCCAGAUGCUAACUCCUCUACUCGACGAGAACUGGCAGUGUACUGUCUUCAGGAUUCGUAUAUACCCCUCGUACUCCAACAUAAAUAUCGCAUUCUGGAAGAGUAUAUUGAGAUGGGAAAGACAAAGCGCAUGUUAUUCCGUCAUAUGAUGUAUCGAAAGCGUCUUGUUGAAAAGCUCACAAAAUCGACCUAGACACCCACAGACUAUUUCAUCAUCGGACGUUCUGAAAGUGUUUACGCUCAUAUAUCACGGAUGAAUACCACUAUAUAUUAGCACUAGCAACGAAUAUCAC